AUGCCUGCGUUCACGGUCUUCAAGGGUUCCAAGGAUGGCGCCCCCAAGAAAUCCAGCACCCAGAAGCCCGAUCAGCUUGUCGGCGACCAGGUCUUGGUGAGGGUGACAGCAUCUGGUGUCUGCGGAACAGACUUGCACUAUCUCCAGCAGGAUAUGGUCCUGGGCCACGAGGGCGUCGGCGUCGUGGAGGCCGUCGGCCCGGACACCAAAUACCUCAAGAAGGGCGACCGUGUGGGCUGGGGAUACGAGACGGACAGCUGCGGCCAUUGCCACGAGUGCAUCAGCGGCGAGGAGAUCUUCUGCCCGGAGCGGGCCUUGUACGGCGACCUGGGCACGCGGGACCAGGGCAGCUUCGCGUCGGGCGCCGUCUGGCGCGAGGCCUUCCUGCACCUCAUCCCCGAGGGCAUGCCCGACGAGGCGGCGGCGCCGCUGCAGUGCGGCGGCGCCACCGUGUUCACCGCGCUCUACGACGUCAAGCCCAACGAGGUGGUCGCCGUCAUGGGCGUCGGCGGGCUGGGCCACCUGGCCAUCCAGUUCGCCGCCAAGCUGGGCUGCCGCGUGGUGGUGCUCUCGAGCAGCGACCGCAAGCGCGCCCAGGCGCUCGAGCUCGGCGCGCACAAGUUCCUCGCCAUAACGAAGGAGGAGGGCCUCGACGCCAAGGCGAUCCAGGAGGCGGGCGGCGUGUGGCCCAUCUCGCGGCUGCUGGUCACGGCGUCGGCGCAGCCAUCCUGGGCCACGCUGCUGCCCCUGCUGGCGCCCCAUGCGCGCAUCUACCCGCUCUCGGUCUCCAUGGACAACCUGGUGAUCCCCUACAUGCCGCUGCUGCUCAAGGGCAUCACGGUGCAGGGGUCGCUGGUCGCGUCGCGGUCGGUGCACCGCGAGAUGCUCGAGUUCGCGGCGGUGCACGGCGUGCGGCCCAUCGUGGAGACGUUCCCCAUGACGGAGGAGGGCAUCAAGGAGGCCGUGGACAGGCUGGCCCAGGGUAAGGUGCAUUACAGGGCGGUUCUAAUCCCACAGUGA